CUCAGUUAUCGGCGGACGUUGUAGAAGGCGGUGGCUUGGAGAGCUGUCGUUGCUAGAAGACGGGUAUUGUCUGUAAUCGGGCUUUGUUUUCACUUUCUUUGAAAUCGCAAGAUAACCCCUUCCUAGAGAACUUCUACCCGAGACGUCUGGUUUCUAUUUAGAUGGCAAGCUUUCCCGAUUUUGUAAACGAAAAUGAAAUAGCAAGAUCACGGACCAUCGGGGAACUCAUAACACCGACUUCUCCAUUUGAGCAGAAGUAUGGCCGUGAAAACUGGACAGUGGCUUUCGCUCCAGAUGGCUCUUAUUUUGCUUGGUCUCAGGGUCACCGUAUUGUGAAACUGGUUCCCUGGUCUCAGUGCCUUAAAACUUUUACUACUUGCAGCACAAAGAAUAGUGUCAACUUGUCAAACACAAAGUUAUCCAGGCAAGACAGUGAUGUUGGUCAGAAAAAUAAGCCACGUGAGCAUACUAUAGAUUGUGGAGACAUUGUCUGGAGCUUAGCUUUUGGGUCAUCUGUGCCAGAAAAGCAAAGUCGUUGUGUGAAUAUAGAAUGGCACCGUUUCAAGUUUGGUCAAGAUCAGCUUCUGCUGGCAACAGGACUGAGCAAUGGACGCAUCAAAAUAUGGGAUGUUUACACAGGAAGGCUCCUCCUUAAUCUAAUGGAUCAUACUGAAAUUGUUAGAGAUUUAACUUUUGCCCCGGAUGGUAGCCUUAUACUUGUUUCUGCUUCAAGAGACAAAACUCUCAGGGUCUGGGAUCUCAAGGACGAUGGCAACAUGAUGAAAGUAUUAAGAGGGCACCAACACUGGGUUUAUUGCUGUGCAUUCUCGCCGGAUUCCUCUAUUUUAUGCUCUGUUGGAGCUGGAAAAGCUGUGUUCUUGUGGGAUAUGGAUAAAUACACCAUGAUCCGCAAAUUAGAAGGGCACAACAAUGAUGUUGUAGCUUGUGAGUUUUCUCCUGAUGGAGCUCUGCUUGCUACGGCUUCCUAUGAUACCAGAGUUUAUAUCUGGGAUCCCCAUAUUGGGUCACUACUUAUCGAAUUUGGGCACUUAUUCCCGCCACCUUCACCCAUAUUUGCCGGGGGUGAUAAUGGCCGUUGGGUGAGAUCUGUUGCAUUCAGUCAUGAUGGGUUACACAUUGCUAGUCUUGCUGACGACAAGUUGGUGAGAUUCUGGCGAAUCGACAGCUCUCAUCCUGUAGAGGUUGCACCUCUGAAUAAAGGACUUUGCUGUGCCUUUUCUACUGAUGGCAGUGUUCUAGCUGCUGGAACUCAGGAUGGAAAUGUGCAUUUCUGGGCAACUCCCAAGUAUGUUUCCAGCCUUCAGCACUUAUCUCGUAUGGCAAUAAGAAGAGUGAUGACUACAAAUCAAGUUAAGAAGCUGCCUCUCCCUCCAAAAAUCAUGGAGUUUCUUUCUUACCAAAUGAUGUAGGGAAUAUUUUUUUAAAAAUUUUUUUUUUCCUCCCCUUUUACAUCUGAACCGGAUGAUGCAUUACAAGCUUUAUGCUUUAAAUGUUACAAGUUAUCUGAGUAUUUAAAGUACAGUAUUUAAACAAUGAUGCAUUUCUGAUUUUUGUUUAGAGCUUUAAAUCUGGAGUUCUUUAUUCUUGAAAGGUGGAAUUGGAGUUUGGACAGCGACUAUCUGUAUAACUGUGAAAUUGUAAAUACAUGUGUAAGCUGCUAUGUGUAUUGCAUAAUAUAUAGAUCUUGUAUGUAUGGCUUCUUCAGAAUCCUUGCUUCAGAUUUGGAUGUGAUCAAUCAGUGUAUGCAGGGUCUCAAAAUUGCAUACAGUUUGUAUGGGGCACAGGGUUUUACUGAGGAAUGAAUUCACAACUUUUCUGCAUAUUUCCCACCACUGUUUUGAAAACCAAUGUAGCAGGAGAUGGAGAGGGUGGAAUUUAAAACAAUUUUUUUUUUUGUUGUUUUUUUUGGACCAUUGUAGCAAAUUGUGAACCUGGUUUUUAAAGUGGCAUAUGAAAGUGUUUGUGUGUUUUUUUUUUUUUUUUUUUUUAAUAAUUAUUAAAUGUCCAAAAGUUAAACUGUAUUGCAACUCUGUAAGACCCUGCAAUAUCUUCUGUAGGAGCUAAUUUUGGUUAGCAACCAAAGACAAGCAAAGUGUUGCCUUCUGCUGUUUGCACUUGCAGAUUUAACGAAUGUAUGCAGUGCAUCAAUUUCUGAUCAUAUAUUUUUGUUGAAUUUUGCUAAAAGGUCUAUAAAUAAAACUUUUUGGUUUUUUCCUUUCUUUUCUAA